AUGGCCAGACUGCAUAUAUCCUAUCCGCAACUCUCAUUCGAUGCGGUUUACGAAUUAGAUCUUGGUUUUUGCAAGCUCCUUAUCGUGGCAGCACUAUUGUACAAGGCAUUCAAAUGGGUCUGGUACUAUGUGGGUGGAUUUGGGCUCAAACAGUCCGUCAAAAUGCUCAAGGCUCAUACACUGGGACCAGUAUUCCAGUAUUUGAGUGGAUCGUUCUUAUUGAGAUCCAAGAUCGACAAGGAGGUUGACAAAUCGUUGGCUGGCCUGGAAAACAGUCUUAUGCAGCAGAAUGAUCUUUUGACAAAUUUCAAUACUCUUCCCUCCAAGGGCUGGAGCGACGAUCAAGUACUCGAAGAAUUGGACCUAUCCCAAAAGGUCCUGACCCAUGCGGACUGGGAAGCAGGCAAAGUAUCGGGCGCCGUAUAUCAUGGUGGUGAGGAUUUGAUACAUCUGCAAAGUCAGGCCUACGAAAAGUACUGUGUUUCCAACCAGCUGCAUCCAGAUGUGUUUCCUGCUGUAAGAAAGAUGGAAUCUGAAGUGGUGUCCAUGGUACUCGAAAUGUUCCAUGCUCCUAAGACUACUGGGUGUGGCACCACUACUUCGGGAGGAACCGAGUCGCUCUUACUAGCGUGUUUGAGUGCCAAAAUGUACGGAUUACAUCGCAAAGGCUGUCAAAACCCAGAAAUCAUUGCACCCGUUACAGCCCAUGCAGCUUUUGCCAAAGCCGCGUAUUAUUUUGGUAUGACCUUGAGAAGUGCCCCGUUAGACCCCAAGACCUUCAAAGUUGAUCUCAAAAGAGUGAAAAGACUUAUAAACAAAAAUACCGUAUUGCUUGUGGGUUCUGCUCCAAACUUCCCACACGGAAUCGUCGACGACAUUGAAGGCCUAGGAAAUCUGGCACAAAAAUACAAGAUUCCGCUGCACGUAGACUGCUGCUUGGGAUCUUUUGUCAUUGCACACAUGGAACACGCGGGCUUCAAAGAUAUACCACCUUUUGACUUCAGAGUUAACGGCGUCACUUCAAUAUCGUGCGACACCCACAAAUACGGGUUUGCUCCUAAGGGCUCUUCCAUCAUAAUGUACAGAAACCGUGAGUUGAGGAAGUAUCAAUAUUAUUUAUCAACAGAUUGGUGCGGUGGACUAUACGGUUCGCCGACUCUCGCAGGAAGUCGGCCAGGCGCACUUGUCGUGGGCUGCUGGGCAACAAUGAUACACAUGGGUCAACAGGGCUACAUCGAUUCCUGUAAAGAAAUUAUUGGCACAACCAGAAAAUUGAAGAAAUAUGUCCAAGACCAAAUUCCCCAACUUCAAAUUGUAGGGGACCCAGUCUGUUCUGUCAUUGCUGUCAAAUCCUCUGAGAUUAACAUAUAUGACCUUGCCGACAAAUUGACCAGUAAGGGCUGGCAUUUGAGCACGCUACAAGAUCCCCCAGCUCUUCAUUUAGCUGUUACCUGGCUCACGAGAUCCGCUAUCGAUGACCUUACACGCAUACUGCAUGGGUGUGUUAACGAAUUGAGUGCUACAACCAAGCAAGGACCAGCUUCUGACGGAACCAGUGCUCUAUAUGGGGUUGCAGGUAGCAUACAAACCAGAGGGAUUGUCGAUCGAUUACUUGUUGGCUUUUUGGAUACGCUCUACAAGACGGAUCGCGAUUUUGAAAACGGUCAAACUUCCACAUGUAAACAUGAGUAG